UGCUUGUUGUUCGUGGUCGCCAGGGCGUUGACGACCAUCGAAUCAAGCGGGUUUACUUUCAACACGGGCAGUUGUUCCCAAACGAGGAUUGYCAUCAAGAACAAUAGUAUCGAAGUAUUAAGUAGUGGCAUCGGAGUGCCCAAUAAUGGAGUACAUCUAGCUACCAGAGGACGCUUCAUCAUUGCAUUGAUAUCCUUAUAAUAUAUUGUGGAGCAGUUCAAAGGUAUUGGAUAAUGGCGAUUGGAGUAGAACCAGGUAGCAUCAGCUUUCGUGUCUCUUCGUCCUGUAUGGGUUUUGUGUUGUGGUGGUAGGACUCGAUUGCCAUCACCCGGACGARGCARUACCGGUAUGGUGCUGUUUGUUUGUUGUCAAUGACACCAAACGAGAAAAAGCGAAGAAACAGCGAAAAACUCAAUUGUGCCGAAGAAUGCAGAUGAUGGAGUUUCCUGCACGAAACAUCAGUGAAGUCGGUUCGAAAAGUUGUCAAAAAUCAGUCACCAAUCAAAAUCUGGAAGACGUGGCAUGGAUUGCAGCUUUUUCAUUGGCUCAGGAUUUCAAAUUCAAACAAUUUAAAGAAAGAUCCUUGAGCAAGUCGUCAACGACUGGAUUCAUUCAUGCGCGGAUUUUUCCUACUGCGACGGGAGACAAAAUAGUAUAGUACGUACGUAUCAUAUGAUACAACUAGGUAUAGGUAACAGUACCAUGAGUACUCGUAACUACAAAAACGAUACGGACGGCCGCACGGUACACCGUACUUUACGGUAGAUGAAACGGUGUGAACCUAAAAACUUGGAAAAAGUUAUAGGAACAGAAGCAAUCGCUCUAAUUUGAUGCUGUAGUUCUAAUUCGAAGACUGCCUGACUAGCCAUCAUUGCGCAACUAUCCGAUCAAUCUUCUGUGCUAUUCGGCAACUAAAUUUUUAUUUCAGUACCGUGCAGGAUUGGAAAAUAACUACGSCAACGCAGUAGUAAGCUUCAUACGAAUAAAACCAGUGUGGACGCCCGAUAUAAUGUCGACAAUAGACCGCCACAUAAUAAUYUGAUGGAAGAAGGAAUGCAUGGCUAUCAUUACGAUCAUGCACGCGGUCAAUCGAUGCUAUUAAAGUACGCGGGCAGAAAAGGGCACCGAUGAAACGCCCAUGUAUUCUUGUUUGCCAGCUUUCCCUGCCUCUUCGCAUUCCUUGUACCUUGCCUUGAUCAACAGGGAAUCUGCUAUCUUGAGCAUUCCAACCCGUUUUUUCAAUUUGUAGGGACUUCGAUACGCUUCGGUGUAUGUUGUGCAUCCGCAACGAUGGAUUCUUCGCCUGCUGAUACCAUUUCUGACAAUGUGGAAAUUUGAUUGAGGAGCAAUGCAUGGAUAUUCCGCAUGGAAUUCCACCAUAUUUUUGGAUCUCGUAGUGUUUUGUUGGAAAACAGAGCAAUCUCUUUACCCAUCGAUCUGACCGAUGUAAUCUCGUAUGCAUUCUGCCAGGAUUUGAUGUCCCUGGACACUAGGAUGCAACAAAUCCGGCAUAAGGUCGUGCAAUACUUCGUAGUUCCCACCGACCCCGUAUGCUGUCUCGUUGUCGUAGCUUGGGUUGAGAAACCCAGAGCCACAAUCGACCAAGCGAAUCCGUGGCGACGCGGCUUCGGCGGCGGCGGGGUAGGUCUUGGCGAGGGCUUCGACCHCUGUUGAGAGCGCCUCGUUGACGCUUCGGAUCGGUGGGAGAAAUGAUGAGUACGGGGUGUUGGUCGCCUCGUCACUGCACCGGGGAGGGCAGAGUUUCGGCAAAACCUUCCUGCCGUCCCCGCGCGGUAGGAGUCCAAAGAGCAGCACGUUACACCCCGCUUCGUCCGUUUCACGAAGCARAUACUCCGCGACGGCCAGUAUUCCCUUGGUGGUGGGUCCAGGAAGCUCCCCCGAACCCAGGUUAUUGGUUCCAAUCAUCACCACGAAGAUCGCCGAUGGAUCGUAGAACGAAGUUUGGCCCGAGUCGUCCGACGACGAGAGUUCGGCGGCCUUCAUGUGACCGUUUUCGAGACGAUACAGAAGGUGCUGCGUCUGAUCCCCGGCCUCACCCAAAACAAUCGGAUCCAGUCCGAACGAAGCGGACAGCUCUGUUUCCAGGACGGAGGCGACGCCCUCGGCGCGGUGUUUGUGAAUCCCCAGCCCCGUUUCCGACCAGGACUCCGUGAUCGAAUCGCCCAGCAAGAUCAGCGGGCGGGUUCUGUGGUCGUGGUUCAGUUUCUUGUUGUUCUCGUACAGUUUCUGGCGUUUUUUCGCGUAUGCAUCUACCCGGUCUAUCAGUUCUCCGUAAUAUUUCCACCAGAGAUCGAAUUGUUUCUUGUCCCAUGCGCUGUAUACUGUUCGGGGGGAUGCGACGUCUGGUCGUUCAUGGCAGGUCCCGCUGGCAUCACAAAAGGGUUGAUCGAAAGGAUCGGAGACGCCGAGAACGGCAGAAUAURCGCGGAACAGGAACCAAAGAAACAGCGGAACCAGCGUGACCUUCCACAGCCAAGCCGACUUGAGAACUCUACGGGUGAUAACCCAGGUGGCACUCGAGAUUUCUUCCAAUCUCCGAGGAUUGCUUAUGGACCCGAACGGUGUCYCAGAAGAAUCGAUCUGAAAGGUUUGACUUCUUUUUUCCCUUCGGAGGGGCAUGAUUUGGCAGGUGUCGCUCUUGUAUCGUUCGUUCGGUCCUUUGACGCCAAGAGUUCGUCGCUUUUCUUGGAACAGGAACAGAGGCAUUCUGUGUCCUUCGGAGAAUGGAAACCUUUUAGUGAUUGUAGACAGCAAACCAUCAGGUUGAAUGACAUGGGACCAUUCCUUUACCGGGCCUACCAKAUGYAGAUUCUAGUAUCCACAUUCCUCAAUUUGGUAGCGCGCUACCUUCCCAAAACAAUUAUUUGGGUCUUGCAUAUAUUGGGUCAUUCCCAUAAUCAUAGAAUCUAUGACGACAURCAAUAUGACUCAAAGGGAAUAAAAAUGUGACUACUGU